AUGGGAGACAAAGGAAAGAGAAGAGCGAUUGCUGCUACUCCAAUUGGAAGUUAUUUUAAGGAAAGGACUACGCCAGGCUCUCAACCAGCUUUGAAAAGUGUCUUGGCCAGUGAACAAGUUAAACACAAGGUUAAGUUGGGGCUUGCAAGAUGGAUCAUUGAUGCACGGAUUCCAUUCAAUGCAAUUCAAUCGCCUUACUUUCAACCUGCCUUGGACGGCGUUGCUGCAAUUGGUCCUGGUUUCAAGGGACCGUCGUAUGACGAAAUGAGAGUUCAUUUGCUGGCCGAUCUUAAGAAGGAGUGUCAGUUGCUUGUUGAAGGUUAUAGGAGCUCGUGGAAAAGGACUGGUUGUACACUGAUGGCAGAUGGCUGGACUGAUCAAAGGCAGCGUACGUUAAUUAAUUUUCUCGUUUAUUGUCCUGCUGGUAUGUCAUUUGUUAAGUCUGUUGAUGCUUCUGAUAUGAUAAAAACUGCCGAUACCUUGUUUAAAUUGUUUGCUGAGGUUAUUGAGUGGGUUGGGUCUAGUAACAUUGUGCAUGUGGUUACUGAUAAUGCUGCGAAUUAUGUAUCUGCUGGAAAACUCAUUCAUGAAAAGUAUCCAAACAUUUUUUGGUCUCCUUGUGCUGCUCAUUGUAUCAAUCUUAUCUUGAAAGACAUAGCAAGUCUUCCUCACAUAGCUGACCUUGCCUCUCGUGCUUCAAAAGUGACUGUGUUUGUUUACAAUCAUAUGAUUUUCUUGUCAUGGCUUAGAAAAAGAAAAGAGUGGAAAGAAAUUGUUCGACCAGGAGUAACACGUUUUGCUACUGUUUUCAUUACUUUGAAAAGUAUAUAUGAUCAUAAAGAAGACUUGCAAUCAUUGGUGAUUGACAAAUAUUUCACUUCUCAUAAAUUAUCCAAGAGUGUCAAUGGGAAGAUGGUUAGUUCAAUUAUCUUGGAUAGUAAGUUUUGGGAGGAUUGUUUUACUACUGUUAUGCUUGUUGGUCCUCUAAUUAAGUUAUUGAGGCUUGUUGAUGCUGAUGAGAAACCUUCUCUGGGUAUUGUGUAUGCGGGCAUGUAA